AUGACGUAUCAUCCAAAAGUGCUACACACCCGUGCAACAGUCAAGGACGACGAAAAAAGCGCCGAAUUUUGGACAAAACAGGCCAAAGAAAAAUUGACCAAACGCCUAGAACGCAAAGAGAACACUAACGAUGCCAAAAACAUCAUCAUUUUCAUUGGAGACGGAAUGUCAAUACCGACUUUGACUGCCGCCAGAGUUCUUUUAGGGGAUGAAAAUAAACAGUUGUCUUUUGAGAAGUUUCCUUACACCGGAUUAUCGAAGACUUAUUGUGUAGAUGCCCAAACUGCUGACAGUGCUUGCAGUGCUACUGCCUAUUUGUGUGGAGUCAAAACCAACGAUGGGACUAUUGGUGUCACCGCCAAUGUUACUCGUGAUAAUUGUGAACACAUGGCUAAUAAAGGCAACCAUGUUACAUCCAUUGCCAAAUGGGCACAGGAUGAAGGAAAAGCUACAGGUAUUGUUACCACUACCAGAGUGACCCACGCCUCACCAGCCGGUACCUAUGCCCGAACUGCAGAUCGAGAUUGGGAAUCAGAUACAGACGUCAUUAAAAAGGGCAAAGCCGAUCCCUUAAAAUGCAGAGACAUAGCCCACCAGCUCAUUCACCAGGAACCUGGUAAAAACUUCAAAGUCAUCCUGGGCGGAGGACGCCAAAAAUUCUUACCCAAAGAUAUCAAAGACGAGGAACAAGAACCUGGUCAAAGGAGCGAUGGUAGAAAUUUGAUCGAGGAAUGGAAAACCGAGAUGGGUAAAAAGGGCAAAAGUGAAUAUGUAUGGAACAAAAAGCAACUGGAUGCUGUGGAUGCUGACAAGACUGAUUUUUUACUCGGGUUGUUCGAGAAUAAUCACUGCAAGUACCAUUUGGAUGUGGUCGAUGGUAAUUUGGAGAGCAAAGAGCCAAGUUUAGCAGAAAUGGUUGCAAAGGCUAUUGAUAUUUUGGGCAAGGAGGAGAAAGGAUUCUUUUUAUUCGUUGAAGGUGGUAGAAUAGAUCAGGCUCAUCACGAUACAAAACCACGCAAAGCCUUGGAUGAAACUUUAGAGUUUGCAAAAGCAGUGCAAGUUGCUCUUAACAAAACCAGCGAGGAUGACACUCUGAUAGUAGUCACUGCCGAUCAUGCACAUACCAUGAGCAUUUCAGGAUACCCGGUAAAUAUUGACCAACACUUGCAAAAAAAAUGA